AUGAAUGCUGGAGAUGAUAUCCCUUCGCCAUUGUUGCAGCUUUUGUCAUUUAAAAAAAUGGCUGGUGAUCCAAAUGACAAUGACAAAUACAAAAUAGUCCUGUCAGAUGGUACAUAUAUGCAGCUAGCCAUUUUGUCACCCAAGUAUGCUGACUUAUUGCAUGCAGAGACGUUGAAGAUAGGUUCUAUUGUUUUGUUGACAAACUAUACUUGUCGAUAUGUUUGGAACACAAGGACCAUCAUUAUAUUCACUCUUGAUGUGAAGAAAACGGAUUGUCAUUUGGUUGGAAAACCUAGAUACCUCUUUAAAGAGCAGGAGGAGCAAAUGUUGGGCCGUGAAACCCCACCCUCCACUAAAUGUGCUCUUAAAUUCGGUGUAGAUUUACCUUCCCCACAAAAUGCUCCCUCUAAAAAUAUCAGCCUUGUUAAAAGCUUGAACCCUUUCCAAAACAAUUGGACCAUAAAAGACGAAGAGGGUUGUGAAAUUAGAAUCACUUCCUUUGAUGAGAUAGCAGAAUUGCACUAUCAUCGAAUUGAAAAAGGAGCUUCAUAUGUUAUUCCCAAAGGUACUGUAAAGGAUGCAAACACAGUAUACAAUAAGCUUAACAACCACCUUGAGAUUAUCUUGAUUGAAACUUCAGUUUUGAAGCGAUCUGCCCCUGAUCUUGAUGAGACUAAAAAAAAAAUUUCUGUAAUUCGUAGAAAGGAUGGUUGUACUGUAAACAAGAGAAUAGUAAAAAUAAAUGAUAUGUCAACUUUGACAAUAGAUGUUAACCUUUGGGGCCCGCCAUCAGAACAACUAGGUAGUGACUUGAAAAAUAUGCAUGCAUCUGGAACAUUUGUCAUCCUUGCUAUUCAAAAUGCAAGGGUUGGUUAUUUCAAUGGAAAAGUCAUUAAUAUUUCAGUGUCUACAACUUUUGAAAUUAACCCUUCUAUUUCAGAAGCAAACCCACUUUGUUUAAGAGGCAUUGUACAACAAUGCCUUGAUCCACACUCUUCGGUUGUCCAUACCAAAAAUAACCAGUAUCAAAGAAUGUCAAUUGCAUCCAUCCUACAAUGCCUUAGCAUUGUGUCGGAAACCAUUGAGACUACUAUUACAGCUGUCUUGCGCUUCAUAAAGCAAGAUCAGUUUUACUAUACAGCUUGCCCAUUACAGUUCAACGAUAAAGAAUGUAAAAAGAAAUGUAGUAAGUUAGCUGAGAAUUUGUGGCUCUGCCCUAGGUGUCAAACACAAUUCCCUGAAUGUAAUUACAUACCUCCUGCAGAUGAAACUACAAGAUCAUACAGGCAGUGUUUGGGCUAA